AUUCCUGUAUGUUGAAUUCCUCUAUUCCUAUCGCUAUCACUAUUGCCUUGCAUUAUAUUUACGGCUUUAUAAUAAUCAAAUCAGAAGAAGAAGAAGAAAGAAAAAGAACUCUGACAAGUCAUAUCAUAUUAGUUGAUAAAUGUUUUAGUACGUGAUACCUGUUGAAAAUUAAGUAUCUAUUCCAGUUUAUCUCGUUAUAAUUGACGAUAUGUUAAGAAAGCUUUCCUUUGAGCUUCUACCGAUUGUUUACCGCUACAGACUCGCGAACACGGUGAAGCACAAUGUCAAACGCGAAUAUAAUGGAACGUUCUCUGCUUUACAUGCCGAAGCAAACACAUUACACGUGGAUGAACAACUGCAGGAAAUUUUUAAAUUUAAGGACACCAAGAUCAGCAAUUGGAUCAUAGAGAACAAGGCACAUGCACUGUGCAUCAGCUAUACUGAAAGCAAUAAAGAUAAUCGCCAGUGGAUUUUACGUACGUUAGCUUCACGGUAUGCUGUACAACACAACGAUAUAUGUCAAGUGGCCAAGAGAUUGGUCUGCACUGAGUCUGAAAAUGAACGACAGAUGAUUGUCCAUGAGAGAGCUUUGAAGAAUAUUCUCAUACCUGCUUAUCAUUGGUUAUUCGUUAUUAUAGGAAGAUUACAGCAUGGCGUCAAAUUCUUGGUUGACCUGAGAACUGAUGUUCUGCAACUAAUAUCAGAAGUGAAAGAUCCAGAUGAAAGCUUAAUAGUACAGCAACUAAAUCAUACUUUACGAGAUUUGCUUUUACUUUGGUUUUCCGUGGGUUUCUUACAUAUGGAACGAAUAACUUGGGAAAGUGCAUGCGAUAUAUUGCAGAAAGUCUCUGAUUACGAAGCUAUACAUCCUAUGAGAAAUUGGUUGGACUUAAAACGCAGAGUUGGGCCAUAUAGAAGAUGUUACAUAUUUACACAUCCAUCCAUGCCAAGAGAACCUAUUGUUGUGUUGCAUACAGCAUUAUGUGAUGUUAUACCAGAUAGUGUAAAAGAUAUUAAAGAAGCUGAAACUAGAAUUUUGGGAAGCGCAAAGAAAUAUAUAACUUUUUUAGAGGAAGACAAAUCAAAAAUAAAAGCAGCAAUAUUUUAUUCUAUAGUAUCUACUCAGAAAGGAUUGCAGGGGAUUGAACUCGGUAAUUAUUUGAUAAAAGAAGUAAUCAGCGAGAUCACAACUGAAUUUCCAGCUAUACGACAAUUAUCUAGUUUAUCACCAAUACCAAAUUUUAAGACUUGGUUAUUUGAUAAAUUGAAGCAAGACAUGGCGUUUAUAUUUACCACACAAGAAUAUCAAAUUGCAAAAGAUAUUUUGCAAACAAAAAAUUUGAUAUCAACUUUAAAAAAGAUCUUAGAUACAUCGCUAUGGACAGGCGACAAGCAACUAUCAGAAUUUUUAAAAGAACCAUUACUUCGAGCAUGUGCAUGGUACUUGUAUAAAGAAAAAAGACGUGGCUAUGCUUUAAAUACGGUCGCUAAUUUCCAUUUACGCAACGGAGCUGUGAUGUGGCGAAUAAAUUGGAUGGCUGAUCCUUCACCACGCGGAGUGACAAAUAGUUGCGGCAUAAUGGUUAACUAUAGAUAUUUCUUAGAAGAUUCUGAAAAAAACAGUCGAAAUUACAUUGAAUAUUUUACCAUAAAUGCUACAGAAGAUAUAAUUAAUCUUGCGAAGCAAGCGGAAAAAUUAAAAAUCCAUCAUAACUUGGAUUAUAAUAUAGUGUGGAAGAAUACGAAGGCAUGA